AUGCCUAAACUUUCCAGAUCAAAAUAUAGAAAAGCAAAAUUGCAUAGUGAUAUGAGUUUGGAAAAUAUAUGUGGAACUAAUAAUAAUCAAGAAAAUAAUGUUUCUUCUGAUGUUUACUUAAGUAAUAAUUUCCAAGCUGACAAUAAUGCUCGCAAUAAUGUGAAUAUACACGCCACACCACUCAUGGUAGCUUCUGAGAAUUUCAAUAAUGACUUAACGUUAGCAGAUCCCGGGGCAGAUCCUCCUGAUCUUGAUGGCAAUAAAGAAUUAGAUAUCAAUAUUUCCCUUUCACCCCCAGUUUCACCCUCACCUUUUUCAGAUUUAGAAGAUUCAAUUUCCAAUGUUGUCCAAAAUUUAGGAGUCAGUGACAAUAUUACAAAAAAAAAAGAUAUCACUUCGGAAUUAACAGAGUGGGCUUUAAAAUUCAACAUAUCUCAUAUUGCAUUGUCUGAUUUAUUAAAACGAUUGAAACCAACUUUUAAUGAAUUGCCCCUUGAUGCCAGAAGUUUACUACAUACACCUAGAAAUUUGGAAUAUAAAAUUGUUUUUCCUGGACAAUAUUUCCAUUUCGGCCUAGAAAAAUGUAUUAAGAACCUAUUUUGUUGUAUUAAAAACAAGCCUAUAGACAAAAUUGAGAUUUAUGUUAAUAUUGAUGGACUUCCACUAUCAAAAAGUUCUGGAUCUCAGUUUUAUCCAAUACUUUGCUCACUAGUGCAAAAUAGAAAUGUAGUUGACAUAAUAGGUAUUUACCAUGGAAAUGAAAAACCCAAAAAUGUGAACGAAUUUCUUAAAGACUUUGUGGAGGAAGUGAAUAAAUUUUCAGAACAGGGUAUUAUAAUUAAUGAUCAGAAGUAUCAGUUUACAAUUAAAGCAUUCAUUGUAGAUGUACCGGCAAAGGCCUUUAUCACUUCUACUAAGGGGCAUAAUGGAUACUACUCAUGCUCUAAGUGUGAGAUUGAAGGGGUAUUUAUACAAAAUAGAGUUUGCUUUCCAAAUGUUAAUAACUUGGUUUUAAGAAAUAACUAUAAAUUUAGACAGAAAACUCAAGAAGAACAUCACUUGGGGGCUAGUAUUUUGGAAAAAAUACCUAGUUUAAAUAUGAUAGAUUUGUCUCUCCAUGUAUCAAUAUACAUCCUUUCCAGUCCAAGUGCUUCCACAGAAUUAACAAACUAUGCAAGUGAAUUACUGGAAUAUUUUGUCCAUACUUUUAGUCUUCUUUAUGGCCAAGAACACUGUUCCCAUAACAUUCAUAAUCUUCUGCACCUCCAUGCAGAUUUUACUAAAUUCGGUCCAUUAUUUAAUUUUUCAGCAUUUCCUUUUGAAAAUUUCAUGCAAAUCAUUUUAAAAUUAGUACGUAAACAAGAUAAACCUUUAGCCCAAAUUGUAUUUCGUAAAUCUGAACUCAAUGAUUUUCUCUAUAAACAAGAAUCAUCUGUUGAUGAACCUACUUUCAAAUCACGACAUUUUAAUGGACCUCUUAUCGAUAUUGACGAAGAAUAUGAGCAGUUUCAAAAAGUGCAUUGUCAAAAUUUCUUGUUAACUGUGGAAUCACCUGAUCAUUGCUGUUCAUUAAAAAAUGGAAAUUUAAUAUUAAUAAGAAACAUUUUAAUAAAAAAGGGUUUGCCAUAUAUAAUUGGACAUAGAUUUCUAAAUGUUUCUGAUUUUUUUACUGAACCUAUAAAAUCAUCUUUACUUGGCAUUUAUUUAGUAAGAAAUUUGGACAAACUCCAACAGUGGCCACUUUCCGAAAUAACUUCAAAAUGUUUGAAAUAA